CAAAAGUAGAUACAUUUUGAAACAUGUAUUUUUAAAAUUUUGUUUUCUUUUCACGGUAUUUAAACAUAUACUUACUAUAUUUAAUUCUGAUAGAAAAAUGUGUAUCUAAAAUAAUAUCCAAGAUUGAUAAAUUCUUUUUAUCUAUGAUACCUAUUUUGUUAUGGAAUUGAGUUUAGAAUAAAUAGUUUUACAAACUUUAUAUAAAGUGUUCAAUGUUCAGGUUACGAACGAAGUUAUCGUUUUCUGAACUGUCACUUGUCAACUGAUUCGAAUUUUUUCGGGUUCUUCGAAAAAUAUAUCAAAUUAUUUUAUUUCUGCUGUUGUUGUGGGUGGAACUAGAUUACUAGCUUUAAAAAGCAGGUUGACUAAUAUUCUUUCGAAAUGCCUGUUGAUCAGAUACAGUAUUCUGAAAGAUACACUGAUGACGUCUACGAAUACAGGCAUGUAAUAUUACCACCAGAUAUUGCCCGUCUAGUGCCCAAGUCUCAUCUAAUGACGGAAACGGAAUGGAGGAACCUCGGCGUCCAGCAGAGUCCUGGCUGGCUACACUUCAUGGUGCACAACCCUGAGCCCCAUGUGUUGCUGUUCAGGAGACCACGGACGGACAAACAGCCAACUGUGAACGGGUUAGAUGCAACAACGAAUAACGCUGUUAAAGUAUGAUUGACAUAUAAGGUAGAUAUUACAUUUAUUUUAUGUUAAGUUUUGCACAGAAUGAUAUACAAAUUAUUUUAUUUCGUCUCGGGUAUCAUAAUAUCAGGUUUCUUGUGUUAAGGUUCACAAAAUGUUAAUUUGUUUAAAGGAAAUGCAAAUUUUUUUCAAACAACAAAUGGGGGCUUACUAUCAUCUCUUAACGCGAUCCACUGUACGACCUAAACUGACCUGCAUCGCAAAUUCGUACCAUCGACUUAAUUUUUUGUAUGAAUGCGAUUCAUUUUAGGUUCUUAAAUUGAACUGAGUUGCAUUGGAAUUGUUCUGUAAAAGUUGAUGGCAGGCCUGUGUGUGCCCACUGUGCCUGUGGCAGCUGUGGCUUUCAAACUAUAACAAGUAGUUUAAAAUAUUGCGAGUUGAAAAUGAAUUUUGAAAAAACUAAGUAAAUUAUAUAUAGGCUUAUCUUGUGCUUUAAAAUAUUGCCUCAUUACCUUGUUACUCCAGAUAUAUAUAUAUAUGUACUAAUGAUGUUUAGGAGUUUUUGAUUCAGACUCACAUACAUACCUCUUAUUUUGCUUAUAACUGGAGGCAUAUAUUGGAACUUUGAAAUCAGUACACAUUUUGUGUAAUUUAAUCAAAAAUGCUAUGUGCCUUUUUUACUAAAAUGUAUAUAUUAAGAUAGGAAAAUGCAUAUUUUCAUUUUUUAUAUCACCAUGAGAUAUAUAGUUUAAUCUAAUAAUUACUUGUGGUUAUUUAUAUAAUCUAGCUGUACGCCACAGUGUCUAUCAUUAGUUGUAAAUAUUUAAACAUGUCUUUAAUUUGACAAACAUUAGCUCCAUCUACUUAUUAGCGCUAUUGGCUAUCAGAUAUCUUGACCAAAUCCUACGGGAAUCACGUACUUUCGCAUUAAAAAGUACCUAGUGUUAAUCCAGGGUAUCAGUAACCUAAUUACCAAAUUUCAUCAUUAUUGACUCAGCGGUUUUAGCGUGAAGAAGUAACAAACUUGCAAACAAUAUUAGUGCGUUAGUGGAAUAUAGUUAUGAUAUCAUUUAAUUUAGAAUGUGACGUGAAAAAGUGCCUAUGAAGGCCUAAUAUCUGAAUAAAUGAUUUGAUUUUGAUUUGUUAUAAUAUAGCAAAUAGCAUUCUGGGACGUCUUCCAUCUUUCCGGGAGCUCUAUUUGGGGGCGCAAGUUAACUGGUAGCCUUAGUUGGGAGAUCUUUGAAUAACUCACUAAUGUCAUCUAAUGUCUAUGUCUAAUGUGAUGUAGAGUUAAUAUCUGUUUUCUUAAUUUAUUCUGUAACAACAUAAUCAUAGAAUUUUCAAAGCUUGAAAAAACCUGUUUUAGUUAAUGAAAUAUAUUUUACUUUUCAAUUUUUGACAUUGAGGGAAUGACAAUAUUAUUACCUAUAUGAAAUAUGUUUCAUAAAAUUAAGCGUGUAAAAUAUAUAUAGGAGUUUAUUCAUAAAUAUUUAUUAUAAAAGUCUGUUGCGUUUGCAUAGCUAAACCGAUUGAUUAAAUUUGGUAUGCUUAGUUUACGGUGAGAGUUAUAACUUAUAUAUUAGUUACAUAUUUUUUAUAUUACUAUUUCUAGACACCACAAAUAAAGGGUGAAACUUUGUAUGAUAAAACCCUCUCCAUAAAUAUCGCGGGUGAAGCUGCGGGCAACAGUUAAAAUAACAUAACUCUGUUAUUCAUAAAAAAGUCAAAGCAUACUUUAAGCUUUAAAAUGUUUUGUUACUAUCACACUUUAUAAUAUUUAACAAUGAGACAAAACAUACUAAAGUAUUUUCUAUGAAUAAGAUGGAUAGUUAGGUGCCUAGAAAGCUUUCUGCGAUAUAUAAGACUAAUAUAAUAGCUGCUAAGUAUUUGUUAUUCUGUUGAAUGAUUAAAAGUUAAGCAAUA